AGUGCAGAUCUUGUUGGAGAGUGAGAUUUGUUCAAUGUUUUUGCAGGCAAAGAUCGUGGCAAGAGCUGGGAUCCUCAGAGCAAAGCUGUCAAUACGUAGGCACUCGAGCAAAUUUGCUGUUGUUUUGGAUGAAGAUCGUCGCCAACCACAUGAGAAAAAGAACUUAACAGGAGUGGCAUUGGAUGGUGAAAAGAAGAGCAGAUUAUCGACUAAUAAUUGGGUUCCGCAUCCUCGUUCAGGGAUAUAUUAUCCUCAAGGCCAGGAAUGGGUGAUGGAUGAUGUUCCAAAAGAAGCAGCUUCUUUUGGGAAGACCUAUUGGCUCAGGACUGAUGAUGAUGGUGAUAUUGGUGAUGAGAAACCAGACCCCUGAUGAUCACAUUGCAAGAAAACUGAGUCUUUUCUACCAACUUUUUUGUUAGUCCAUCUUUCUGUCUUUUCUGAUGCAAUUCAUCCUUUGCGAUCAGGCUGGUUAUAUCAUUUAUCAUAAGACCUGAAUUAGCUAUAACCUAAACAUAAAGUUACCACGACAUAAAUAGUCAUGGCUGAGAUUAUGUUUACGACCAGCAAUAUUACAAAAAAGACAGAAAUAUCCAUCAUGUAGGAUCUAAUAAAAAUAAUUUAAUG